AGCUCACACGCGAUCGAUUCAGUAUACGAGAUCAUCCCGAACGGAGCAGCAGCAUCGAAGAUGACGAAACCACGCUGGAAGCGCUUAACCGCGCUAUUGUUGAUCAAUUGUACCCUGCUGGCUCUUAUCAGCAACGUUCGAUGUGACGACGACAAGUCCUCUUCCGGGGAAGAUUCCACCUCGGACGAUGCGGACGACCAUGCUGCCAAGGCUACCGGAGAGAGUCUCAUUUCGGCGCAGCUGUUCGCGAUUAUUGACCUGUACAAGCAGGAAGAUCCGGUUGGACUGCCGGGCGCGACCGUGCCCGAUCCGAUGCCCAUUCCGGAGAUCAAGCAGUCCUUUUCGAUCGCCAAGAUGCACAUGAAGAACGUGCUCGCGUACGGGCUGUCCAAGUUCCGGAUCAAGCUGUUCAAGACGGAGCUGAACACGAUGAAGGUCCAAACGGGGGUGCAAAUCGACGAGAUGUUGGUAAAGGGUAACUACACGCUGAGUACGUUCUUCAACCGGGCGGAAGGUCCGUUCACGGUUAUCCUCAAGAACGUGCUGACGAAGGGCAACGUGUCGCUAGGGGUCGAUCGUGACGGCAAGGUUCGCACGCAGGACAUCAGCCUGGACAUUGCGUUCGACGAUAUGUCGAUGGACUUCCAAAACCUUGGCUUCAUGGGCAGCAUCUUCCAGAGUGUGGUCAACUCCGCCUCCAACUUGGUCUUCGAUACAAUCAAACCGUUCAUGCUGAGUGAGGCGUACACCAAAAUCCGGGAGGAGAUCGACACACGGGUGGAAAACAUGACCACCGAGCACAGCAUCCUGUUCCCGAACUCGAUCUCCCCGCUCGACAUGGCCAUCGGUGAAGCUCGUACGAUGGUCCGCAACAAGCACUUUGAUCCGUACCUCAUUCCGGACUACAACACGACGGCCGGCAUUUUCGGCAUGCAAACCACACACACCUGGAUCCGAGGCGUGUCCAGCUUCUACCGCUACGGAGACAUCGGAAUCCUCAUGCAAAACAACACCGUCUCCCUCACGAUGCAAGUGGGAACGCAGCGCAUCAUGGGAUCGACCCAGUGGGAAGUUUCGAUGGGUCGCGGAAUGGUCACCCGAGCCGGCCAGGCCCAGUUCACCGUAGAACAUAUCAAAGUCUCCUUCGAAGUGCAGCAACCCCUGGAUCUUCGCCGCAAGCCCAAGCUCAACGACCUGCAGCUGGAGCUGGGCAACAUCCAGGUGCGCUGUGACGGCGCCGGAACGCUGGACUACGUCGUCGAGGCCGCGGUCAACAUCCUGCCGAAUCUGCUGCGCUACCAGAUCAUGGACGCCAUCGAGAAUCCGCUUAAGACGCGCAUCCAGGAGAAGCUGGACUGCAUCAACGUCGAGCAGAUGGUCAAGAAGCACGUGGUCGAGUACGAGAAGCGCGGGUUCGACAUGGAGCUCGAUCUGAAGAUUUGCUGAGGUGUUCCCGGGUGGGACAAUAGCUUUUAAGACGUACUGUAUGAUGCAAGUGUUUUAGAGGAAUACAUUUUAAAUAGAAAGCUUAUUCAAACUUA